GGAAGCGGGAGCAGGCAGGGGCGGGGCUAAUAGCAGGUGACGUCGACGCGCGCCCUGGCUCCUCCCCCGGGCGUCUUGGCGCGUCGCUCCUGCUGGCCGGUCAGUCGCUCGUUCGGCAGCCGCGGGACAAGAUGGCGGCCCGGACUAUGCAAGCAGCAAGAUGUCCCACAGAUGAGCUCUCGCUGAGCAACUGUGCCGUGGUCAACGAGAAGGACUUCCAGUCUGGCCUGCAUGUCGUUGUGAGGACCUCUGCAAACCACAAAUACGUUUUCACGCUACGGAGCCACCAGUCGGUCGUUCCUGGCACCAUUGCUUUCAGUUUGCCUCAGAGAAAAUGGGCUGGACUCUCUAUUGGGCAAGACAUAGAUGUUUCCGUGUAUAACUUUGAUAAGACCAAGCAGUGCAUUGGCACGAUGACCAUUGAGAUCGACUUCCUUCAGAAAAAGAGUGUCGACUCCAACCCUUACGAUUCAGACAAAAUGGCGGCAGAAUUCAUCCAGCAGUUCAACAAUCAGUCGUUCACAGUCGGGCAGCAGCUUGUGUUCAGCUUCAGUGACAAGCUUUUUGGCCUCCUGGUCAAGGAUAUUGAGGCCAUGGACCCCAGCAUCCUCAAGGGAGAGCCUGCGUCGGGCAAAAAGCAGAAGAUUGAUGUCGGCCUCGUCGUUGGGAACAGCCAGGUGGCUUUUGAAAAGGCAGAUAGUUCUUCUCUGACUCUCAUUGGCAAAUCCAAGACCAGAGAAAACCGCCAGUCGAUCAUCAACCCCGACUGGAACUUCGAGAAGAUGGGCAUCGGGGGCCUCGACAAGGAGUUCUCGGACAUCUUCCGGCGGGCGUUCGCCUCCCGAGUGUUUCCGCCCGAGAUUGUGGAGCAAAUGGGCUGUAAGCACGUGAAAGGCAUUCUCCUGUACGGGCCCCCUGGCUGUGGGAAGACCCUCAUGGCCCGGCAGAUCGGCAAGAUGCUGAACGCCAGAGAGCCCAAAGUCGUGAAUGGUCCUGAAAUCCUCAACAAAUACGUUGGCGAGUCGGAGGCCAACAUCCGCAAGCUCUUUGCAGACGCAGAAGAGGAGCAGAGGAGGCUUGGCGCAAACAGCGGCGUCCACAUUAUCAUUUUUGACGAGAUUGAUGCCAUCUGCAAGCAGCGCGGGAGCAUGGCCGGGAGCACUGGCGUCCACGACACGGUCGUCAACCAGCUGCUGUCGAAAAUCGAUGGGGUUGAGCAGUUGAACAACAUCUUGGUCAUUGGUAUGACCAACAGGCCAGACCUGAUAGAUGAGGCUCUUCUGCGACCUGGGCGGCUGGAGGUGAAAAUGGAGAUAGGUUUGCCGGACGAAAAGGGCCGCCUGCAGAUCCUGAACAUCCACACGGCCAGGAUGCGCACCCACCAGCUUCUGGCGGGUGACGUGGAGAUCGGGGAGCUGGCCGUGGAGACCAAGAACUUCAGUGGCGCUGAGCUGGAGGGUCUCGUCCGGGCGGCCCAGUCCACUGCCAUGAACCGACAUAUCAAGGCCAGCACCAAAGUGGAGGUGGAUAUGGAGAAAGCAGAAUCUCUGCAGGUGACCAGGAGUGACUUCUUUGCUUCCCUGGAGAACGACAUCAAACCGGCCUUUGGGACCAAUCAAGAGGACUACGCCAGCUACAUCAUGAAUGGCAUAAUGAAGUGGGGCGACCCUGUCACCCGGGUCCUGGAUGACGGGGAGCUUCUUGUCCAGCAGACCAAGAACAGUGACCGCACCCCCUUGGUCAGUGUCCUCCUGGAAGGUCCCCCACACAGUGGGAAGACAGCCCUGGCUGCAAAAAUCGCAGAGGAGUCCAAUUUCCCUUUCAUCAAGAUCUGCUCUCCGGAUAAGAUGAUCGGCUUUUCAGAAACUGCCAAAUGCCAGGCCAUGAAGAAGGUAGGCUGCAAACUGCUCUCGAAACCGUCUUGCAUCCGGCAUCCGAAAGCCCGAGCGAUCCGAGAUUACGUUCCAAUUGGGCCACGAUUCUCCAACUUAGUGCUGCAGGCUCUGCUGGUGCUGCUGAAGAAGGCGCCCCCUUUUAACCGCAAGCUCCUGAUCAUCGGGACCACCAGCCGCAAAGAUGUCCUGCAGGAGAUGGAGAUGCUGGACGCCUUCAGCACCACGAUCCACGUCCCCAACAUUGCUUCGGGAGACCACCUGAUGGAAGCUCUUGAGGUCACUGGGCAGCUUCAAGAGAAGGGCGGCACCAUAAAGCCCACAGUGUCAAAAGGAAGGAAAGUGUGGAUCGGAAUCAAGAGAAAGCUGCUGAUGCUGAUUGAGAUGCUGGCGAUUAUGGAUCCAGAGUUCCGUGUCAGAAAAUUCCUGGCGCUUCUGAGAGAAGAAGGCGCGUAA